CGCAGCGCGGCGCGGACCGGAUGGGAGCAGCGCCGGGUGCUCAGCGCCAUGACACCCGCCGCCUCGUCUUUCCGCCGCACAUCGGCCAGCUAAAGGGUGCAAAUGUCCCAUCUCCUGCAGAUUGCUGCCGGCGUGAGAUGGACCAAGUCGACGGCUGCCCGCCGAGCGCUCGUCUUGGCCUUGGCCGUCUAUGGCGUGAAGAAGUUGUAUCCGCUUCUCCAGCAUCACUUCCAUGGCAAGCCGCGGCCUGGCGCAACUUCACCUCACCACACGCCCAGCCACUGCUUUGCCAAGAAAUCUCCCACUAUUGACGACGAGUUUUAUCGGCAGCUUCUCGGUCUCGGCAAAAUCCUAUUCCCCAAACUGCUCACUAAGGAGCUGGGCUUGCUCUGCCUGCAUUCGGUGGCUUUGAUUUCCAGGACUUUUCUCUCAAUUUAUGUGGCCGUGUUGGACGGGAAGAUCGUGAAGACGAUCGUUGAAAAAAAAACCAAAAGCUUCGUGUUAAAACUGGUCAAAUGGCUUCUGGUGGCCAUCCCUGCCACUUUUGUCAAUAGUAUGAUUCGUUAUCUGGAAUGUAAGCUGGCUUUGGCAUUUCGCACUCGUCUGGUAGAUCACGCAUACCGCACUUAUUUCACCGAUCAAACUUACUACAAGGUUAGCAACAUGGAUGGGAGAUUGGAAAAUCCAGACCAGUCACUCACAGAAGAUAUUUUUAUGUUUGCACAGUCUAUCGCACACUUGUACUCCAACUUGACGAAGCCCAUCUUUGACGUGAUGCUGACCUCUUACACCUUGAUCCAGACUGCAUCUUCGCGUGGAGCAAACCCCAUGGGACCAACACUUUUAGCAGGCCUCGUUGUCUAUGCCACAGCCAGGGUAUUAAAAGCAUUCUCUCCAAGAUUUGGUAAACUAGUGGCCGAAGAAGCCCAAAGGAAAGGAUACUUAAGAUAUAUCCAUUCACGAAUUAUAGCCAAUGCAGAAGAGAUUGCUUUCUACAGGGGACAUAGGGUGGAAAUGAAUCAGCUACAGAAAAGUUACAAGUCGCUUAUUGCCCAGAUGAAUCUUAUUUUGUCUAAAAGAUUAUGGUACAUAAUGUUGGAGCAGUUUCUAAUGAAGUACGUGUGGAGUGGAAGUGGAUUAGUAAUGGUAGCAGUACCCAUUAUCACGGCAACAGGUUUUGCAGACAGUGAGUCUGAAGAUGGUCAGAAGCAGAUAAGUUUGGUUAGUGAACGAACUGAAGCUUUUACAACAGCUCGCAAUCUUCUGGCUUCUGGAGCAGGUGCAAUUGAAAGAAUUAUGUCAUCAUACAAAGAGAUCACUGAAUUGGCUGGCUAUACAGCCCGAGUACACAACAUGUUUUCGGUUUUUGACGAAGUUCAGAGGGGCAUUUAUAAGAAGUCCUCUGUCAAUCAGGAAGAUGAAAUAGAUUCCAGUAAAGUAACUAAACAUCGAUUAAGUAUUAAACAUUCUUUGGAACAGAAAGGACACGUUAUUGAUGUUGAUGUUGGAAUUGUAUGUGCAAAUGUUCCAAUUAUUACCCCAAAUGGAGAUGUUGUUGUUUCCAGCCUAAACUUUGAAGUUGAUGAAGGCAUGCAUCUCCUUAUUAGUGGGCCAAAUGGAUGUGGGAAAAGUUCUUUAUUCAGGAUUUUGAGUGGCCUAUGGCCGGUAUAUGGAGGGGUAUUGUCUAAGCCUCCUCCUCAGCAUAUGUUCUAUAUUCCACAGAGGCCUUACAUGUCGGUUGGAACUCUAAGAGAUCAGGUUAUCUAUCCGGAUUCUGUGGAAGACAUGCAUGAGAAAGGAUAUGCAGAUCUGGAUCUGGAGCAUAUUCUAGAUAUUGUGUAUUUGAAUCAUAUUGUACAGAGAGAGGGAGGGUGGGAUGCCUUUACUGACUGGAAGGAUGUCUUGUCUGGGGGUGAGAAACAAAGAAUGGGGAUGGCACGAAUGUUUUAUCAGAAACCAAAAUAUGCAUUGCUUGAUGAAUGUACAAGCGCCGUGAGUAUUGAUGUUGAGGGCAAGAUAUUUCAGACUGCAAAGGACUCGGGGAUAUCAUUACUUUCUAUUACUCAUAGGCCAUCUCUAUGGAAAUACCACACACACCUAUUACAGUUUGAUGGGGAGGGUGGUUGGCGAUUUGAACAAUUAGAUACUGCUACGCGACUCUCACUGGCUGAGGAAAAGCAGAGACUUGAGUCUCAACUGGCUGGAAUCCCGCAAAUGCAACAGCGACUGAAUGAAUUGUGCAAAAUUUUGGGAGAAUACUCUGUGCUCAGAACAACUGGAACUGAAGAUUAAUGAUACAGCCAAUGAAUGUGAAUAAUAUGACAAGAGGAGCUACAAAAGAAUUGCAUGAUGCAAACAAAUAUAAAGUAAACAGAUCUUCCUAUUUAUUUAAAGUCAUUAAAGUCAGUAAAAUAAGUUAACUUUUGGAUGCAAUCUCAUCAUUCUUUUGAAACAUAUGUUAACUUUUCUGAUAGUUUACAUUAUUGUAAUAUUAGCGUCUGGUAAUAAAUUUGACAGCACUGAUUUUAAAAAGUACUAUGAAUUGUAAGAGGAAACUAGAAUGUACAUGUUCUAGAGAAAUGGUUAACGUCUGAGUGCAAUUGAAUGCUCUUCUCAAUUUUAAUAUUUAAUGAGCCUCAUUUUGUGUUAACUUUGUACCAGGUAUCAUCUGGUACAAGUGCUGGGCUAGACUUUUGAUAUGGAUGAUACCAUACCAUUUUUUUUUUUACCACUCUACCCAGGCAGUUCAUUUGCAAUAAGUACAAACAGUAUUUUAUUUUGCUUCCCAGGAUUAAUUGUUUUGAGGAAACAGAGAGGGGUUCUUGUAUCAACAUAUGAUUUAUUUUAGUGCAAUAUGAGUGAAUCUCUAGUAUAACAUUUAGCAUUUCAGCCGUGCUUACACUUCAGACUGUUAGUUGCCCAUUGUUGUUAUAAAAGUAGUAUAUAUUACCAAACACAUCUUCGGUAUUUUUAUGGAUCUAAGUAAUGAAUUUAUGCUUAUAUAUGUUCCACAUUAUACAGAAUCCAAAACUACUCAUUUGUUUUUAAUGAAAAAAUGAUCUGGUAUAGAUUUGUUUAUUUAAACAAUAAUUACUAUAGUGCAUAUUAACAUAAAAUAUGCAUAUUUUAUUUCAAUUAAUGUUGUAUUCAUUAUAUCUGCAUUAUACCACUGAAAAGGUCAAUACUGUGUAUUAAAAAAACUUGGUUGAACUUUCAAAGUAUAAAAUAGGGGAUGCUGGAAAUCUAAAACAAAAAUGUUGGAAAUACUCAGCAGAUUGGGCAGCAUCUGAGGAGAGAAACAUAAUGUUUCAGGUCAAUGAUUUCUAUAAUUGCAGGUGAAUGGUCAUUAGUCUAAAAAUGAGCUGCUUAUCUCUGCACACUCACUGGUACUAGUAUUGGUGUCACAAACUGAGACACAAUGAAACAUUUUACUUGCGUGCUAUCCAGUCAAAUCAUGUGAUACAUCAGUACAAUCAAGUUAAACGCAAAUAUAACAGAUAGUGCAAAGAGAAAAAUACUAGUGUGCAGAAUAAUGUGGUAACCAUUAUAAUACAGCCGCAGAGAAUGUGAAGUGCAAAAAAAAGUGCAAGAGCCACAAUGAAAGUUAGGGAAUCGGGACUGCAACUUUAGCUUAUAAGAGGACCGUUUAGUAAUC